AUGCACCUGUUAAAUGCAUCAGGACUAUAUGGCCUUCCAACUUUGUGUAAGAAUUCCAGCACACCUAAUGACUUCAGGUCAAUCAGUCUAUGUAAUAUGGUCAUGAAAUUGGUGACAAAAACUAUAGCCAAUAGAUAUAAAGGCCGUCUACCUGAUGUUAUUGAUGAGGAUCAAAGUGCAUUUGUAAAAGAAAAGUUAAUAACAAAUAAUGCUCUGAUUAUCAUGGAGUUUUUCCACGGGAUGAAAGAUAAGAAAACAUGUAAGAAUAGAAUGAUGGCCCUAAAGCUGGAUAUGUCGAAGGUGUACGAUAUAAUUGAAUGGUAUUUUCUUGAUGGGGUGCUCAAAGCUAUGGGUUUCUCGAAGUCAAUGAUGGAUAUGAUUAGAAUAUGCUUGUAUACGGUUACUAUUGUUUUAUGUGAUUGGUUGCAUCAUGCAAAACAACAUAAAGUGUACAAGAUAUUUCAAUGA